AUGAGCCUUCCGACCUUUCAAGGCACUCCCAUGCCCGACUUUUCUGUACACAUGAAGCGGAGUGUUUCAAUCCGAUAUGCUCUCUCGCAACCAAACCCCGCGCUCCUCGGCGCUGAGCACGCUCCAUCAUCUACCAGAGGCGACACGACUCGCCAUGCUGUCAAGGCCUUGUCCAUCUUGAAAUGGACCGACUUCAAUAUUGAGGUCCUAGAAGACCUCUACAAGGACAUGCUGAGCCAAAUGGUUCUGUCCCCCAGCGGCGCCAAGAGCGGCCCUUUUCAUCUCGACAACAUCGAAGAAGCCAAAAAGAUGUUCCUUGAACACCUGGGUCCACGGCUUGAAGACCCCAUCGAGCAAGGUGCGGCCCUUCUGGGCAGUCAGUUCGGUCAUCAAUUCCCUGCGGUCGUGGUCAAGCCCGGACGAUCAUUCGAUAGACAGACUCCUACCCUUUCCUACGUGGCCGGCAACGAGCCUGAUGCUCGUACCUUGGUCGUCAACAUUUGUUUGCAUGCCAACGCAUGGCACUCAAGUAUGAUUGGCGGCAACAAGGCUACGAUAGCUAGACGGCCCCUUGAUCGUCUUGCUAAAUACUGUCUCCUUGCCCGAACUCGUUAUGGGUUCCUUAUGAGCACGAAGGAAAUCGUUGUCAUGCGCAUUCGAGGCAAAGUGUUCGACACUAGCAUGUCUUGCCAUGUCGAAUGGCAAGCUAUUCCAUGGUCCGUAAAUGGCCCGUACGAACUCACCGCGUGUCUGUCUAUCUGGUUUCUGGUAAUGCUGAGUCUUGAUGACCUGCGCCUGUCAGGCUCUCCCCCACACUACCUCCCACCUCCAUACUACCUGCCUGCACCCCGAUCUCUGAACGUUUGGGCGCGUUACCAGAUCCCUAAAGGGUUCUUCUACCGCCACCCUUCUUCUGGGCAACGCGAGGCCGAGCUUCCUGAAGGGGCCGAGUUCGAGGACUCCCCCCAUGGGACUUCCUCUUGA